UGACUGACAGUAAUGAAUUUUAAAAUUCUUGUCGUGAAUGAACUUUGGAGAACACUUGAAAUUAUGUAAUGGAAGUUGGAACUUUUUACAUCACCUAAUUCAUCGUAAAAUAUCAUCAUAAAAGUGUUUUUGAAGUCCAUUGAGGUAAAGUGAGGCUUCAGAUUAUGAAGCGUUAUUAUGCAUAAACAACUUCAAAAGUUUGGAUUUUUCGCUUCAAAAACUUUAGAUGAAGAAGCUAAUAAAGCUAGUGAUAAAUUAGUUAAAUAUUUAUACAAAAAAGAAACUGGAGCUUCGUAUAAGAGAAAAAUUAAAAGUGCUAACGAUGCUGAUACCAACCCAAAACACACACUUAGGAGACAUCCAGCGGAUGAGAACAAACACCGUAGAAAAAAGUCUCCCGAAUCUAUAAAAAGACACGGAAAGAACUUACCAGUGAACACUUUUGCUAGUGAAACUGAAAUUUAUUUCAUAUCACCGGAGGAAAUUAAAAGACAUCGUAAAAAAGCGACGAACCAUCGGGAUAAGUCCCCUGAAAUUUUUACGGAGGGUAAAAGACAUCACAAAAAUUAUGAUUAUGACACUGAUGCUGAAAAAAGGAAAAGUCUGAAACGAGAUAUCGACAUUGCAAAACUACUCUCAACUCAGAAACACAACAAUAAGGAUAACAACGAUUACCAGUGGUUAACAAAGAAAGAAAUUGUUAAAUUGAUUGCUAACAACAAUGCAAAGGAAUUGCCGAAGAAGUCAUCCACUACUUCAAAUUUUUUAAAGAAAUUUUUUCUUUUCGACAAACAUGAUUCGGUUCAUGAUACGUCCGAGUUUUCUAAAGAGAAGCAUCCACGGAAAAUAAAUCGUUACGCUGAAGACAAUACAAAUAUGCUUUUUAUGCCUCACAAAACUUCAGUUGAUAGUACCACAAGAAAAAUAGAAAAAAUUAGUAAACUACAUGAUAAAAAACACAAGGAUGACCCGGUUGAUAUCGUGUACACGCAUGAAGCUAAGAAAUACCGGGAUAAAAAUAAAACAGAAGACGUCAGAAAAUCAAAAAUGAAAGAUAAUGGGAGUUUGGUAUUUGAUGAACUUAAAAUUCUCCAAAAUAAAGCUAAAGAAAAAUUCCACACAACUGGUAGUUUUGAGAGUAGUACAAUAAGCUCAAAACCAAAACGAAAAUGCACGUCCAAAGAAUGCGAUAUAAUUUUCGAUGAACUCAAAACACAAAAUAACGAAAGUGGGAGUCAGGAGAGUGGCAAAACGAAACGAAAAUCAAGAAAAAACGUUCAAGAUUCAAUUGCACCAAGCAAUUUCACAGAAAGUCAAGUAAGUAGUGUUGUAAGUUCGAAAAGAGAAAAAAUACAUAAAAGCCAUCAUGAAGAUCAUGAAAAUAUGAAGGUAAGAAAGAAAAUAACUGAAAGUCAGGCAAGUAGUAACAUCACUAACGUAAGUGUGAAAAACACUAAACUAGAACAACAAAAGAGUAAAAUUCGGAGUCGGGAAAAUAGUCUGAAUUCGAGACCUAAGCCAAGGGAACAAAGCCAAAGUCGUGGCCAAAGCACCGAUCGUGGAGAGUCUUCAGAAACCAAGAAGAAAAUCAUAGAAAACAAGAAAGAAAAUAUUUCCCGAGCCAAUCCUGUUCGUCACCUGUCUUGUUUAGUAGGAAGAACUUUUCCGGUUGUAGACAUAUCGCCAUGGGUUGUUCGUGAAAAUACUUAUCUUGAAAAAAAGAAAAAACACAAAGCUUUUAAGAAAUAUUACAAGUAUCAUAAAAAUCUUGACCGAGAUGAUGAUUUAACAUCGAGCAGUACUUAUCAGGCUUUUAGUGAUAGUCACAAAAUGUAUCAAGGAACGUCCGAACAGUCAAUUGAGGAAUCAUCAAAGAGUCGUCGCAAUAAACGAUCAAAAUUCAAGGUUGAAACCCACAUUUCUGCUAUUGUUAUUGACCCUGAACCACAAAAAAAUCACAAAGAGGUUGAUAGGAGGAUUAGAAAAUCAAGAAAGUCGAAAAUACCAGUUUUGAGCAAUAUUUGUAAGAUGGCCGAAAUGGCAAAAGAAAAAUCGUAUAGUAAAAGUCUUGAUGUUAAAAGUACCAAAACUGAAGAUUUGGAAUUUGUUGAAAAAUCCAUUAAUACGAGACUUUCAAGAUCACCAUCGCGUGAGCCCAAAACGGAGAGUAUUGACGUUGUGAAAACGAAGAAAAACAAAGAAAAAAAGUCAAGUGGGACAAAAGAAAGUGAAAUCAAUAAUGAUAAUGAUGAUUCUUUCAUAAACAAACACAAACAAGACUCAAAAAAACUGGGCUUGAAAUCUAGCCGAACUCACAGUAAGACUCCUCUCCGUACUCACCGAAAAUCGUCAAGUACCAAUCUUCCAAAAUCCAAUGCUUCGAGUAUUUGGAGUCGUAGUAGUAAACACUCCUGCAAAGGCUCAUUUAGUUCCAGAUCCGACACUAAGAUCCGAAGAAGAAGUAAAAUAAAUUCACAAAAAAAGAAAUACAACACUUUGGCUCGGACUUCUGUCAGCAACAGCACUUGUGGCGACAAAUCAAUCGAGUCUGCAAAAACUGGAGCAAGUUUUUUGACAACCAAAAAUUUUAAAGACGAUGAUAAACUAAGUCGGUGGCAAAGAAGCAAGCUUUACUCGGAUUCUCUCAGGAAGAGUGUUAUCAACAAGAAAAAGUCACCGUGUAUUCCACCUCAAGUCAUGGAAGUUAGAUAUUUGACAGUGAGUAACGAAAAUCAUUCAGAGGUGUCAAUUCAGGAUGUUCCAAAACCCGAACUGAAAACUGAUGCAAUAAAUAUUGAAGAUGUUCCAGACAUGAAUAAGAACUUUUAUGACGACCUUCCCCGUCCUUGCUUCGAUGACAAAUUUAAAGAGUUGUUUGAGUUGCCAACGGAUGAAGCUUUUGACGAGAUUUUGAACGAAAAUGAUAACUUUUUAAAAAAAGAUUUUACGUUGGAUGUGAAUAUCGAACUUGAUAAAUCCACUUCUGAGGAUAUAAGUUCUGACGAUUUAUCUCUACCUGAGAAGAAAAUUACCGAUUGGUAUAGUGAGUUUCCAAAGAGGGAAACUGGAAGCUUAAGUGAAAUUUCAUGUUCCAAUCCGAUAAAUAACCACUGCGAUGGCGAUUUAGGUAGUCAGGACCACAUUAUGGAUUCUCUUAGCGCUCCAGGGUCUGAAGAAAGUGGCUACGCCACGCUUAAAUCGAGACAACUUUCGCGAACAUUUUUCCAAAGGCCCGAAAUAAAAGCUCUAUUUGAGCCACCUCUUGAAACAACAUUUUGUGUUGAAGUACAAAUUGAGACAAAAAGUUCUAGUGGUGGUCUUGAUAUCCGUUCCAUCGAAAGUAAGUCGUUACAAACAUCGUUUGAAUGUUGCCAAAAGUCGGUUCAGAUUAAAUUGUCCGAAGAAGAGUUACUUGCAAAGCUCAAUUUUAGAGAUGAGAAGGAAGAAAAAGUUGAAUCGGACGGUUUCGUCAAGACUUUCGAUCAGGAAGAAGAAGAAGAUGAGACGGAAGAAGAAAAAGAAACAAUCAGCCGAGAUAAUAUAAAAGAUGAAGAGAAAAAAUUGACACUAGUGUUUCAAAGACUCAGCUGUGUCAAUAUUGACUCAGAUUAUUCAAUCGCAAAAGUGGAAAAUAUUGAGGAAAAUGAUCGUAAUGAUGCUCCUAAGAUAAUAGAUGCGUCUCGAAAUAAAACACGAAAAAAGAAGACAAAAUUCUGUCUCAAGAAAUUGUCUUUCUUGUUUUGCCUUAAAUGCGUGUCUUCCAAUAAAUAAAUUUCUGUCAUACGUACAAAA